GAGCGAGCUGGGUUGGGACUGCAGCCGCGGCUUUCUGCGCUCGCGGUGGCGGGAUGGCCCAGGCGCUGCUCGCCGCGUCCCCGGCCUGCGACCCCUAGACGCCGAGUUACCUCAGCACCGGCCCCGCGAACGCCGCCGCGAGCCGACCGUGCGCGACCGCUCCCGGGGUCCGUCCCCUCGGGCUGCCCGCUCAGGAUUUUUAGACUCUGAGGAGCAAUUGGAGCUAAUCCACAUCAUGGAAAUGGAAACCACCGAACCUGAGCCAGACUGUGUAGUGCAGCCUCCCUCUCCUCCUGAUGACUUUUCAUGCCAAGUGAGACUCUCUGAGAAGAUCACUCCGUUGAAGACUUGUUUUAAGAAAAAAGAUCAGAAGAGAUUGGGAACUGGAACCCUGAGAUCUUUGAGGCCAAUAUUAAACACUUUGCUAGAAUCUGGCUCACUUGAUGGGGUUUUUAGAUCUAGAAACCAGAGUGCAGAUGAGAGCAGCUUACAUGAACCUAUGGUGAAAAAAGCCCUGGAAAUCAAUCCAUCGUGUCCACCAGCAGAAAACAAUAUGUCUGUCCUGAUUCCUGAUAGGACAAGUGUUGGGGGCCAAAUACCAGAAGCCCAUCCUUCCACUGAUGCUCCAGAACAAGUGGUUCCAAUUCAAGAUCACAGCUUUCCCCCAGAAACCAUCAGUAGGACUGUGGCAGAUACUACAGCAGGGCACUUCCAGACUGACCUUUUGCACCCAGUUUCAAGUGAUGUUCCUGCUAGUCCUGACUGCAUAGACAAAGUCAUGGAUUACGUUCCAGGGGUUUUCCAAGACAACAGUUUUACAAUCCAGUACAUUUUGGACACCAGUGAUAAGUUGAGUACCGAGCUCUUUCAGGACAAAAGUGAGGAGGCUUCCCUUGACCUUGUGUUUGAGCUGGUGAACCAGCUACAGUACCAUACUCACCAAGAGAAUGGAGUUGAAAUUUGCAUGGAGUUUUUGCAAGGCACUUGUAUUUAUGGCAGAGAUUGUUUGAAGCACCACACAGUCUUGCCAUAUCAUUGGCAGAUCAAGAGGACAACUACUCAGAAGUGGCAGAGUGUUUCCAAUGAUUCCCAGGAGCACUUGGAGAGAUUUUACUGUAACCCAGAGAACGAUAGAAUGAGACUGAAGUACGGAGGACAAGAAUUUUGGGCAGAUUUGAAUGCCAUGAACUUAUAUGAAACAACUGAAUUUGACCAACUACGAAGGCUGUCCACACCACCCUCUAGCAAUGUCAACUCUGUUUACCACACAGCCUGGAAAUUCUUCUGUAGGGAUCACUUUGGAUGGAGAGAGUAUCCUGAGUCUGUUAUUCGAUUGAUUGAAGAAGCCAACUCUCGGGGUCUGAAAGAGGUCCGAUUUAUGAUGUGGAACAACCACUACAUCCUCCACAAUUCAUUCUUCAGGAGAGAAAUAAAAAGGAGACCCCUCUUCCGCUCCUGUUUUAUACUGCUUCCAUAUUUACAGACACUUGGUGGUGUUCCCACACAGGCUCCUCCACCUCUUGAAGCAACCUCAUCAUCACAAAUCAUCUGCCCAGAUGGGGUCACCUCAGCAAACUUUUACCCUGAAACUUGGGUUUAUAUGCAUCCCUCUCAGGACUUCAUCCAAGUGCCUGUUUCUGCAGAGGACAAAAGUUAUCGAAUCAUUUAUAAUCUUUUUCAUAAGACUGUGCCUGAGUUUAAGUAUAGAAUUUUGCAAAUAUUGAGAGUCCAAAACCAGUUUCUCUGGGAGAAAUAUAAAAGGAAAAAGGAAUAUAUGAACAGGAAAAUGUUUGGCCGUGACAGAAUAAUAAAUGAGAGACAUUUAUUUCAUGGAACAUCCCAGGAUGUGGUAGAUGGAAUCUGCAAGCACAACUUUGACCCCCGAGUCUGUGGAAAGCAUGCUACAAUGUUUGGACAAGGCAGUUAUUUUGCAAAGAAGGCAAGCUAUUCUCACAACUUUUCUAAGAAGUCCUCCAAAGGAGUCCAUUUCAUGUUUCUGGCCAAAGUGCUAACUGGCAGGUACACGAUGGGCAGUCAUGGCAUGAGGAGGCCCCCUCCAGUAAAUCCCGGCAGUGUCACCAGUGACCUGUAUGACUCGUGUGUGGAUAAUUUCUUUGAGCCUCAGAUUUUUGUCAUUUUUAACGAUGACCAGAGUUACCCUUAUUUUGUUAUCCAAUAUGAAGAAGUCAGUAACACUGUUUCUAUUUGAAAAA